AUGGAUGACGAAACAAUUGACGAUGCACGCGAUCUCAUCACCAUUGUUUCGUUCCUACUGUGCGGGCCAUUGUAUGGCAUUCUAACAGCUCUGAGACGCAAGGCGGAGACCCAUACAUAUAAGCGAACCUUCAAUAGGUACGCGGAGGAGAUGGUGAAUCUGCUUGAAGCUAUUGAGAACGCUCACACAGCGCUGAACACUAUGAAACCGGGUCACUUUGGGCAGAUGCUGGACAUUCUGCAGAGUAUCCUUGUCUCAGGACAUAGGAAACCAGUCAAGAUUACACCAAUUGUUCCAAUUGAGCUGCUUAUGAGAGUUGUAACAGCCCGUAAGAAAUGGGAUAGCCUUGAGCAACUCUGCGAAGAAUACCGGAAUCUCAACAUAGCCAAGUCCCGAGGUCUCAGUGCUGGCCUGCCUAAAACCACCUUUCUUUGCAUAGGUGCCAUGCCGAACAGCGAUCCAGUAUACAUCAUUUCUACUUCGGCAGACCAUUGGCCUUUUUUCUGGAACCUCAAUAACUUUGUCUUAAAGCUACGCCAUAGCCGUCGUAAGGCCAUAACUAAGGCAGUUCCUGGAGGAGAAAAGGAUGCCAGAUUGAUUAAAGAAUGGAGUGAAACUCUUGAGGGCCGGCGCAAGCGCAUGGAAGAGAAUAGUCAGAGGAUGGAACCGCUCGCACUCUUCAGAUACGAAGUUCCCGAUAACCUCAAGGAAAAGGAGAGGGUCGAGUCACAUAAAGUAAACCUUGGCCUUACCUGUGCAGAGACCUAA